CACGUGAUUAAUACGGAAACAGAAAGCGGUGAGAAUCACACCUCCCCGAAGAAAAAUAUUCUGCCGCCGAUCCGCGAUAAAGCUUGAAGUUUUCUCCGCCGCCGCCAAAAGAAAAGAGAAAUUCAUUAAUUUGCUGCAGUCUUCGAAACACUGCAUACAUCUAUCACAAUGGCGGCAGUCUACAAGUCAAUUUCUAAAAAGGGCUCAAAACCCACUCACGAGGACGUCUCGGAUGAAGAUGUCGCCAUGGACGAACUUUGGGAUGGAGAUGAAACGAGCGACAGCGAUGAAGAGGUAGAGGAUGCGGAGGAUGGAAAGACGCAAAACUCGACGAAUACGGCCGGACAAAUGCCCAAGACUCGUGUUCUGAUGCUUACAUCGAGAGGUGUUACGUUUCGGCAUCGGCAUCUUCUCUCAGAUCUUUGCGCACUCCUUCCUCACACCCACAAGGAGAGUAAGCUGGAUACGAAAAAGAAGACGGCUGGUUACAACCUGCUGCUGAACUCCCUGGCGGAUUUGCACUCGUGCAAUGUCAUCUUUUUCCUCGAGGCACGCAAGCGCGGUCAGGAUUUGUACCUUUGGCUCUCGAGACCUCCUAACGGCCCGACGAUCAAGUUCUCUGUUACCAAUCUGCACACGAUGGGCGAGUUGGGUACGGGUUUUGCUGGAAACUGUCUCAAGGGUGGACGCGGUAUUGUGGUGUUUGACCGUUCCUUUGAUGAGAACGGACCGGACAUGGCCAAGCCUGGUACUGAGUACCGUGGUCUGAUCAGGGAGAUGCUGCGUGGUGUCUUCUCCGUCCCGAAGCGGGGUGUGAAGGGAAUGAAGCCGUUUAUCGACAGGGUUAUUGGUAUCUACGGUGUCGACGGCAGGAUUUGGAUCAGAGUGUACGAGAUCAGAGAAUCUGAGCCGAGCAAGAAGAAGGCCGAGGGAGAAGAAGGAGAGAAACCAGCACCCAGGAGCAAGGACGGUCCCGAGAUCUCACUGGUUGAAAUCGGACCCCGCUUUGUUCUCACGCCGAUUGUCAUUCUUGAGGGAAGCUUUGGUGGUCCGGUGAUCUACGAAAACCGCGAAUAUGUCAGUCCCAACCAGGUGCGCCGGGAGAUCCGUCUGUCGAAGGCCGGACGCUACGCCCAGCGCAGAGAUGUGAGCAUCUCACGGUUUGUUUUCAUCUUUCGUAUACUGACUUGGCUAGAUCACGCAAUGCAGCUAGAUCAUCUACCUACGGAGCUAUUGCUCCAUAUAUUUCGCCGUUGCGAGACCGUAUCUGAUGUUCUUAAUCUCGCCUCGACGUCUCGGCAUUUCCGUCGUGUCUACCAAAGGUCGAAUAAGCUCCUCAUACUCGUCGAUGCUGCGGAGGCGGAGUUCGGUCCGUUGGAGGACAUAACCCAGAUCGUUACCCAGAAUGCGAGUCAGCCAGCCCAUAUCUUUCGCGAAGCUCCCAUGUCAGAUGCACUUCUGAAGCAAGCUAUCAAGAUUGGUCGCGUGGCGAAGAAGUGGGAGGAAAUCUAUCCUUUCAAGAAAUGGAAGAUCGAUUACGACUCUCGUCGGCUCUUGACCGAUGAGGAGCGCUUCCGUCUUCGUCGCGCUAUAUACCGCUUGUGGCUGUACCAUCGCGCGUUUCAUAACCGUCUUUAUGACCGAUACUCGCGCAAUACACGUUCUGUUAUCGCUGAGCGCGCGCAGCUCUUGCAUAACUGGUCGACUGAAGAGCUGGCUGAUAUCGAGGAUGUCCGACAAGUCAUAUGGGAUGUGGUUCAAUAUCACAUCUGCCCAAGUAACGGUACUAUCCAACGUAAAUUUCACAGACGCUAUCCCGAGCGUCAAACUCAGUUAACUUUCAACAUUCAUCUCAACUAUCCCGUCGAUCGAGAUUCUUAUGGUGCGCCUCGUUUCGGCUCUGAAAGAAGCGCCAACUCUGUUGAACAGAUAUUCUACAAUGCCCACCCACCUGGAAGUAGCAGUUCUUCUAAGUUCGCAUCUAAACUGCGCAAUGAUGUCUUUCACGAUCCCGGAUUCGAGGGCUGGGGCGACGAGAUCCCUCAUUACUACGUUAUCCAGGACAUGCUGAAACUGGAUCCCGGCCAAGUGCUUUUCUUACGUGAACAUGCUCCUUUGAAAGAACAGGUGGAAGCCUACAUCUUCUCGCAGGGCGAGUGGUUCAAGGAUAACGGUGAAACCUUUUUCGACACCCUCCAGUGGGUGCUGAAGGAACGAGCGGAGGACUUGCAGAACUUUUCGGACAUGAUGGCCGACCGCCAGCUGGGCGUCGCCAGGGACAUCUGUUGA